AUGGGGAUUGUGCCAUUGUUUUCAGUCGGUCUGGCACUGACCCUGACCCUGACCCUGGUCCUUGUGGAGGCCCGUGUGCGCGGCAAGCGCUACGACGAGGAGACAGACACCAUUGUCGAGCUGCCAAAGCUGGGCGCCAUUCAGGGCAAGACCUUCGAGACAAGUUGGACCAAGCGGGAGGUCCUGCAGUUUGUGGAUGUUCGAUAUGCCGAGCCGCCAACGGGAAAGUAUCGGUUCAAGCCUCCCCGCCCCAUUGAGCCCUGGGAGGAUGUAAUGGAUGCAACAGCGGAGAAAAUCGGCUGCCCCUCAGUGGUCUCCAUGGACUCGUUGCGGAGGCUAGAUGAUGUGCUGGAUGUGGAGGAUUGUCUAACGAUGACGAUUACCACUCCUAAUGUAACUGCUAAGCUGCCCGUGCUGGUCUACAUCCACGGCGAGUAUUUGUAUGAGGGAAGCAACUCGGAGGCCCCACCGGACUAUUUGCUGGAGAAGGAUAUUGUGCUAGUAACCCCGCAAUAUCGCUUGGGACCGUUUGGUUUCCUCUCAACCAAGACCGACGACAUACCCGGCAAUGCGGGCUUCCUCGACAUUUUCUUAGCUCUGCAAUUCAUCAAACACUUCAUUCAGUAUUUCGGAGGCGAUCCAAGCCGUGUUACCGUGGCUGGUCAAGUGGGUGGCGCGGCGAUUGCGCAUCUCCUGACGCUUUCGCCAAUGGUGCAACGUGGAUUGUUUCAUCAAGUGAUCUAUCACUCAGGCUCGGCCAUAAUGCCCAUAUUCCUGGAGGACAACCCGCGGAAGCAUGCUCAAGAGAUAGCAGAAAAGGCGGACUGUCAGAUGGUAACGGUUCGCGAUCUCAACAACUGCCUAAUGGAUUUGUCUGCACUGGAGUUGCUGACGGCUUUUAUGGAGCACGCGCUGGAAAAAUCCGACCUGGGGAUUGGCCAUACUGGUGGCAUUCAAUUCACCAUUGGGGGACCAAGCGGUGUGCUGCCCAAGCAUCCCUAUGAUCUCAUGCUGGAAUCGAAUUUCUCAUAUCCUGCACUAGGUGGUUGUCCCAAAAACGCGGGCACUCGGGUGCUCAAUGAAAUUGUAGAGAACGACUUUGAGGGUAAAAUCCCAGACGAUGAAUACAACACCUACAAUUAUAUAGACCAUGUGAUACGCCAGGUCGUUGGCACUGAUAAGACGAUGUUGUUGACGAGCUUCGUAACCCACGACUUCUUCAACCGCCAACUCCUGGAGAACGGUACCUUCGAUACGCUCAUACCUCGGCUCGUUGACGUGGCUGGCACGUUAAACCACAAAUUGCCAGUCCUGCUGGCCCUGAACAUGAACAACAAACACAAUCCAGAUAACACAUUCCUAUACUCUUUUGACUACGCUGGCGAAUUCAAUCGCUACCGCGAAAUGGAUGAGGAGACGAAUAUGCAAAGCCCAUUCAAAGCAGGAGUUUCCCUGACUGAUGAGGCGCUGUAUUUGUUUCCAUACCCAGAUCAUGUUAAGCGCCUGAGUCCUCCCGAUGAGACUAUGGCCCAUCGCAUGGUCGAGCUUUGGACAAAUUUUGUGAUCACAGGCAAUCCGUUGGGCUCUUACCGCUCCGGCUAUUGGCCGCCCAUGACCACCUUGUAUGGGCCUUAUAUGAAAAUUGAUGAAACACUUACCAUCGGGGGCAAUUAUUUCAACGAGUUCUCGGCUACUUUGAAAGACGAGGAACAGGGCCAUAGUCUUAUCCGUGAAAUAUAUUAUUUGCGUAGUCGCAAAAGGGCGGUACGCCGAAAACACCUCGCCAGCAGAAUGAAGCAACGGGAUGUGCGUAAAAGUCUAAUCAAGAGGCCUAACCGCAAUAAGAUACGGUUUUAAAUAUCGAG